UGGAAAUUAAAUUGGUGAUGAAGGUGCAUCAGGCUUAGGUUCUGCUUUAGCAAAUUGCAUUAAUCUCUCAAAUUUGACACUUGGCCUUACUGGAAAUUAAAUUGGUGAUGAAGGUGCAUCAGGCUUAGGUUCUGCUUUAGCAAAUUGCAUUAAUCUCUCAAAUUUGACACUUGACCUUACUGAAAAUUAAAUUGGUGAUGAAGGUGCAUCAGGCUUAGGUUCUGCUUUAGCAAAUUGCAUUAAUCUCUCAAAUUUGACACUUAAACUUAGUGGAAAUUAAAUUGGUGAUGAAGGUGCAUCAGGCUUAGGUUCUGCUUUAGCAAAUUGCAUUAAUCUCUCAAAUUUGACACUUGACCUUACUUACAAUUAAAUUGGUGAUGAAGGUGCAUCAGGCUUAGGUUCUGCUUUAGCAAAUUGCAUUAAUCUCUCAAAUUUGACACUUAACCUUUGUUACAAUUAAAUUGGUGAUGAAGGUGCAUCAGGCUUAGGUUCUGCUUUAGCAAAUUGCAUUAAUCUCUCAAAUUUGACACUUAAACUUGGUUACAAUUAAAUUGGUGAUGAAGGUGCAUCAGGCUUAGGUUUUGCUUUAGCAAAUUGCAUAAAUCUCUCAAAUUUGACACUUGUCCUUACGUAAAAACA